GCUAAAGUGAGAGGUGGCAGUGGAUUGUCAACAAGUCCUAAGAGAGGGGACGCAAUCUAGUAAAGAAGGUCAAGUGGAAGCUGAUCAACGGCUCAGUCCCCUGUCCUUAUCUCGAGAAGACUUUCAUGUGAAGACAGUGAACACCGGAGACCUAGCUAAACAUGCCCAAUCUCAAUCAAGGCGGCGCCAAGAAGGACACCAAGAUGAGGAUACGAGCUUUUCCUAUGACCAUGGAUGAGAAGUAUGUGAACAACAUCUGGGACCUUCUGAAGAACGCCAUCCAGGAGAUCCAGAGGAAGAACAACAGUGGGCUUAGUUUUGAAGAGCUAUACAGGAACGCAUACACCAUGGUGCUGCACAAACACGGCGAGAAGCUAUACACAGGCCUACGAGAGGUCGUCACCGAACACCUCAUUAACAAAGUACGAGAAGAUGUCCUCAACUCUUUAAACAAUAACUUCCUCCAAACGCUAAACCAGGCCUGGAAUGAUCACCAGACAGCCAUGGUGAUGAUCAGAGACAUCUUAAUGUACAUGGACCGAGUGUACGUUCAACAGAACAACGUCGAGAACGUCUACAACCUGGGUCUCAUCAUCUUCAGAGACCAGGUGGUCCGCUACGGCUGCAUCCGGGACCACCUGAGGCAGACCUUGCUGGACAUGAUAGCUCGCGAGAGGAAGGGAGAGGUGGUGGACAGGGGCGCCAUCCGUAACGCCUGUCAGAUGUUAAUGAUCUUAGGCCUCGAAGGACGGUCAGUUUACGAGGAGGAUUUUGAGGCACCAUUCUUAGAGAUGUCCGCUGAGUUUUUCCAGAUGGAGAGUCAGAAGUUCUUAGCAGAGAACAGCGCCAGCGUGUAUAUAAAGAAAGUUGAGGCACGGAUAAAUGAGGAGAUUGAACGAGUGAUGCACUGUCUGGACAAAUCCACAGAAGAGCCUAUUGUAAAGGUGGUGGAGAGGGAACUCAUCUCGAAGCACAUGAAAACCAUUGUGGAAAUGGAGAAUUCCGGACUAGUCCAUAUGCUCAAGAACGGAAAAACAGAGGAUCUGGCGUGUAUGUAUAAACUCUUCAGCAGAGUGCCAAACGGACUGAAGACCAUGUGUGAGUGUAUGAGCUCAUACCUGAGAGAACAGGGCAAGGCUCUGGUGUCCGAGGAGGGCGAGGGCAAAAACCCUGUCGACUACAUUCAGGGUCUGCUGGAUCUGAAGUCCCGGUUUGACCGCUUCCUGCAGGAGUCCUUUAAUAAUGACCGGCUGUUCAAACAGACCAUCGCCGGAGAUUUCGAGUUUUUCCUGAACCUGAACUCCCGCUCGCCCGAGUACCUGUCCUUGUUUAUCGACGACAAACUGAAGAAAGGAGUGAAAGGACUGACGGAGCAAGAGGUGGAGUCCAUUCUGGACAAGGCCAUGGUGCUGUUUAGGUUCAUGCAGGAGAAAGACGUGUUUGAACGCUACUACAAACAGCACCUUGCCAGGAGACUUCUCACCAACAAGAGUGUGUCUGAUGACUCGGAGAAAAAUAUGAUCUCCAAACUAAAGACGGAGUGUGGGUGUCAGUUCACAUCUAAACUGGAAGGCAUGUUCAGAGACAUGAGCAUCUCAAACACAACCAUGGACGAGUUUCGCCAGCAUCUACAAACGACCGGGGUGUCUUUGGGUGGUGUUGAUCUUACCGUGAGGGUCCUGACAACAGGUUACUGGCCCACACAAUCAGCAACGCCCAAAUGCAACAUCCCACCUUCGCCAAGACACGCCUUUGAGGUCUUUAGGAGGUUUUACUUGGCCAAGCACAGUGGCAGGCAGCUCACACUACAGCACCACAUGGGCUCUGCAGACCUAAACGCCACCUUCUACGGACCAAUCAAAAAGGAGGAUGGCUCAGACAUGGGGGUUGGGGGUGCCCAGGUAACAGGCUCUAACACCAGGAAGCACAUUUUACAAGUCUCCACUUUCCAGAUGACCAUACUCAUGCUCUUCAACAACAGAGACAAGUCCACUUUUGAGGAGAUCCAGCAGGAAACAGAUAUCCCAGAGCGGGAACUGGUGAGGGCGCUGCAGUCACUGGCCUGUGGAAAGCCAACCCAGCGCGUGCUCACCAAAGAACCCAAAUCCAAGGAGAUCGAGAACGGGCAUGUGUUUACAGUCAACGAUCAGUUCACUUCCAAACUGCACAGAGUAAAGAUUCAGACAGUCGCCGCUAAGCAGGGCGAGUCGGAUCCUGAGAGGAAAGAGACGCGUCAGAAAGUGGACGACGACAGAAAGCACGAGAUUGAAGCAGCUAUCGUCCGCAUAAUGAAGUCCAGGAAGAAGAUGCAGCACAAUGUACUAGUAGCAGAGGUUACCCAGCAGUUGCGGGCCCGGUUCCUCCCGAGUCCUGUGGUCAUUAAAAAGCGCAUUGAAGGACUUAUUGAGAGGGAGUACUUGGCAAGAACGCCAGAGGAUCGCAAAGUGUACACAUAUGUAGCAUAAAGGAAGAAAAAAAAAAAAGAAUGAAUUCAGUGAAAAUCUUACAAGGAGUGCAAGAAAGAGUAUUAUUUCGGGACUAUGUUACCGCAUGAACUGGGACGACUUGUUUUUCUUUUUCUUUUUUUUCCUUUUUUUUUUAAUUUCUAAAAGAUACUGGGAAACACUGAGAAUCAACAUUUUUUUUUUCCUUCUACACACAGACUCGUUCUGAAUUCUUAGUGAUUCACGUAAGGCCUUCCAAAGCCUUCAAAUAAGCUGGAUCAGAUCCAGAGCCGGGCUUAUUCAGAGGGCUGCCGUCUCUAUGAGAGAACUGAGUGUGAAUGCACUACACUGUUACACUCCAACCUUGUAAACAAGACAUAGAAACAAAAAUAAAAUGCACAAACACACAAAAAAAGGGGUAACUAUUGGCUAACGCUGGUUGGUUCUCUGAAGACCGUUCACUUCAUUACUGACAAAUGCCUUCCCAGAUUUUUU